GAACAUCGUUCGCAGUAAGGAUCGAGCACCUGUUCAGCGCGGACGCGGCUUUCGGAGAUCUUUCGAAAUUUACACGCAAACCCGAAAACGUUUAUCGCCUGUCUACUCGAAGAAUUGUCGAGAAACUGAAGCUUUCCCAAAAGUUUGUCGAUCGAGGGGCGAAUCAAACCUUCGCAAAAUACCGACGAGGCCAACUUGUUACUCAUAAUUUGUGAAAAUAUUUGCGCAUUGCAGAUAUAGAAAAUCGGCUGGUUUACGUACCACUUCGGUGUGAGUUUUGAAUCGCGAAUGCUCGCUAUUAUUACCUACGUGGCGGGAGUGAGAUAACGGUAAUGAACGAAAGAGCAAUCACGCCGCAUAUUUGGAGGUAUAUUUUCUUCGUGGAAAUGAUUUUAUGAAGAGAUUUAAAACAGAAUUUGAAAAUAUAAUCGAAAAGGACCGAUCAGUUUUACCAAACGACUAUUUGAGUGCAGAAGUGUAAUUCAUACAUGAGGCUAUAAUCAAGACGUACUUUGUAUUACGUAACGGCACGUUAAAAACCUUGGACUAUGUACCCGUUGAAAAUACCUGGCAAAGUCUCUCGUUGGUAAAAACUAGUGAGAAAAAAAAACAAGCGGAGUUCCUGCACGCUCAGUUCGACGCUGUAAAAAAUUAUUGACCGCUUUGGGAUGCGGAGUUUAUGAAAAUUCACCUUUGAUUCAUUGCAAGUUUCUUGAAACGAAAAUGCUCGACUAACGAAGCCCUCGACUUUAGUUUGGGGUGCAAACGAAAGUUCCACGAUAAUCACAGUGGAUUAUUUCGGAUCAUCGGCUGCGGAUGCAUUUGAAGAGAAUCGCGCAGACUUGAGAACCAUUUUCGAUCAAACCGUUGAAAUUUUUCCCGAAGUACUAUAUUUCGUUCCGUUAAUGUGGGUUUAUAAUACCCUACAAAAACGCUGGAUGCAAUCGACGGAAAUGAAACGUAUGAAAAGAUUUGUCCUCGCUCAUAGCACCGAGAAGGAUCCAAUUUGGAAGAGUUCGGACAACCUAUUGGCAGGAGUAGCCAAAAUGCCGAUCGAAAAACCCGAAACAACCGAAACAUGCAGGACCAGCACAAGCUCCAACGGAACAGACGAGCAGGAAGACGAGGGGCUGAAAAUGACGCCCAGCAUGUCGCAAGGCACGGUGAUGAUCCAAGCGCAAAGUCGACAAUUAGAAAAGGAUUUCACCGUUGCAACGCCCGAAGAAUUUGUCCGUAGAUUUGGCGGAACUCAAGUGAUAAACAAAGUUCUCAUAGCAAAUAAUGGAAUCGCUGCGGUCAAAUGCAUGCGAUCAAUUCGCCGAUGGUCGUACGAAAUGUUCAAAAACGAGAGAGCGAUUCGCUUCGUAGUUAUGGUCACCCCGGAAGAUUUGAAAGCAAAUGCCGAGUACAUUAAAAUGGCUGAUCAGUACGUACCAGUGCCUGGAGGAUCCAACAAUAACAACUAUGCAAAUGUUGAAUUGAUCAUCGACAUUGCGGUCCGUACUCAAGUACAAGCUGUCUGGGCUGGAUGGGGUCAUGCGUCGGAAAAUCCAAAAUUGCCUGAACUUUUGCACAAAAAUAACAUAAUAUUUAUCGGACCUUCUGAAAGGGCGAUGUGGGCUCUUGGAGAUAAAAUUGCUUCUAGUAUUGUUGCUCAAACCGCAGAUGUACCCACACUCCCAUGGUCUGGCUCGGAAUUGAAAGCUCACUACAGUGGAAAGAAAAUAAAAAUAUCAUCUGAAUUAUUUAAAAAGGGAUGUGUCUCUAGCGUGGAAGAAUGUCUUGCUGCUGCGAGUAAAAUCGGUUUUCCUAUAAUGGUAAAGGCAAGCGAAGGCGGAGGUGGAAAAGGUAUUCGUAAAGUCGAUAAUGCUGAAGAGUUACCUUCGUUAUUUAGACAAGUACAAACAGAGAUCCCAGGAUCGCCCAUAUUCAUAAUGAAGCUUGCCAAAUGUGCUCGGCACUUGGAAGUGCAACUAUUAGCUGAUAACUAUGGAAAUGCUAUCUCACUCUUCGGACGUGAUUGUUCUAUCCAAAGGAGACAUCAGAAAAUCAUUGAGGAAGCACCUGCUGUCAUUGCUAAACCAGAAGUCUUUGAAGAAAUGGAAAAAGCUGCUGUCAGGCUGGCAAAAAUGGUAGGAUACGUUAGUGCCGGCACAGUUGAAUAUCUUUACGAUACAUCAGGUCGUUACUAUUUCUUGGAACUAAACCCUCGCCUACAAGUAGAACAUCCCUGCACAGAAAUGGUUUCUGAUGUCAAUUUACCUGCCGCUCAACUUCAAGUUGCAAUGGGGUUGCCUUUGCAUCAUAUAAAGGAUAUUCGGCUUUUGUACGGGGAAAGUCCAUGGGGUGAUACUCCCAUUGAUUUCGAUCAACCAAGGCACAAACCACAACCUUGGGGUCAUGUCAUCGCUGCCAGAAUCACAAGUGAAAAUCCAGAUGAAGGAUUUAAGCCAAGUUCAGGAACGGUGCAAGAGCUCAAUUUCAGAUCGUCGAAAAACGUCUGGGGAUAUUUUUCAGUCGGUGCAUCUGGAGGAUUGCACGAAUUUGCCGACUCGCAAUUUGGUCAUUGUUUUUCAUGGGGUGAAGACCGUAAUCAAGCUAGCGAAAAUUUAGUUGUUGCUUUAAAAGAAUUGAGUAUCAGAGGUGAUUUUAGAACCACGGUAGAGUACCUCAUAACACUUCUCGAAACUGAAUCCUUCCAGUCAAACAGCUUUGAUACCGCGUGGCUUGACUUACUCAUUGCUGAACGUGUUCAAAGUGAUAAACCAGACGUUUUGCUGGCCGUGACUUGCGGGGCGUUACAUAUCGCUGAUAGAACAAUCACAGCUGCAUUUAAUGGUUUUCAAACAGCCUUAGAAAAGGGUCAAAUCCAAGCCAGCAAUGACUUGGACAACGUUUGUGAGGUUGAACUUAUCAAUGAUGGAUUCAAAUACAAAGUACAGACAGCUAAAUCAGGCCCAAACUCCUACUUCCUUGUAAUGAAUGGUUCCUAUAAAGAAGUGGAGAUUCAUAGACUUUCGGACGGAGGUUUACUACUUUCAAUGGAGGGAUCAAGUUUCACGACCUACAUGAGAGAGGAAGUUGAUCGGUACAGAAUAGUAAUUGGCAACCAGACAUGUAUAUUUGAAAAGGAUAAUGAUCCGUCAUUGUUGAGAUCACCUUCAGCUGGUAAACUUAUCAGUUUUCUGGUAGAGGAUGGUGGCCAUAUUGAUCGUGGUCAAGCAUAUGCUGAAAUAGAAGUAAUGAAGAUGGUUAUGACGGUGACGGCUGGAGAAGCUGGUAGUUUGUUUUACGUUAAACGACCUGGUGCAAUCUUAGAUGCAGGAACAUUGAUUGCCCAUUUGGAAUUAGAUGAUCCUUCACUAGUCAGCAAAGCGCAAGAAUACACUGGGCAAUUCCCAGCACCAAUUGCGCCUGCUAUUCCUGAAAAACUCAACCAACUUCACGCUAAAUAUAGAAGCGCUUUGGAAAAUACCCUUGCUGGAUACUGUUUGCCCGAUCCUUACCAUCUACCGAGGCUCCGGGAACUGAUUGAAAAGUUCAUGAAUUCCCUGCGCGAUCCUAGCUUACCCCUGCUAGAGCUCCAAGAAGUGAUCUCCACUAUCUCUGGAAGAAUUCCCGUAUCUGUAGAGAAGAAGAUCAGAAAAUACAUGACCUUAUACGAAAGAAACAUCACUUCAGUUUUAGCCCAGUUUCCAAGCCAGCAAAUUGCGUCUGUAAUUGACGGACAUGCCGCCACCCUUUCCAAACGAACGGACAGAGACGUUUUCUUCUUGACGACUCAAGGUAUUGUUCAACUGGUGCAAAGAUAUCGCAAUGGUAUUCGUGGCAGGAUGAAAACAGCGGUUCACGAACUUCUACGGCAGUACUACACAGUUGAAAGCCAAUUCCAACAAGGACAUUAUGACAAGUGUGUGUCGGCUUUGAGGGAACAGCAUAAAGAUGAAAUGAGUAUGGUCACUGCUACUAUUUUCAGUCACAAUCAUGUACAAAAGAAAAAUGUCUUGGUUACUAUGCUCAUUGAUCACUUGUGGGCUAACGAACCUGGGCUUACAGACGAGCUGGCCAGUACACUGACUGAAUUAACAAGUUUAAAUCGCACAGAACACAGCAGAGUGGCUCUAAGAGCUAGGCAAGUCUUGAUAGCAGCACAUCAACCUGCAUACGAACUGAGACAUAAUCAGAUGGAAUCCAUAUUCUUAUCUGCAGUCGAUAUGUAUGGACAUGAUUUUCAUCCUGAGAAUCUCCAGAAGCUGAUACUUUCUGAAACUUCUAUAUUCGAUAUACUACACGAUUUCUUUUAUCACUCGAACCGUGCUGUCUGCAAUGCUGCUUUGGAAGUUUACGUUCGCAGAGCUUACAUCAGUUACGAAUUAGCAUGUCUGCAGCACCUAGAACUAUCUGGAGAAAUACCUUUAGUUCACUUUCAAUUUCUUUUGCCGAACAAUCAUCCAAAUCGCCAGAAUCUUACUCUUGUCAAUCAUAGAACAGGAGCUAUGGCUGCCUUCAAAGAUCUCGAAGAGUUUAGCCAGUACUCUGAUGAGGUACUUGACCUGCUAGAAGACUUGUCGUCCCGAAAUACAGUUUCUGCCAAAGUUCUCGAGGCUGUAGAAACUGCUGGAAGUGAAUCUCGGCACAGUACGUCGAUCAAUGUUUCUCUGAGUACUGGUGAAACAGGUAUUGCUGAGGGAGGUGAAAUACCUGCGGAACCUGUUCACAUAUUAAGCAUUGCUGUACAAGAUAAUGGUAAUCAAGACGACGCAGUCAUGUCCAGACUGUUCGGAGACUGGUGCGCGACUAACAAAGAGGAAUUAAUUACUCGUGGAAUCAGAAGAGUGACAUUUGCUGCCCUAAAAAAGAGGCAGUUUCCAAAAUUUUUCACUUUCCGACAACGUGACGGAUUUAUUGAAGAUCGUAUUUACAGACAUCUUGAACCAGGCUGUGCCUUCCAGUUGGAACUUAACAGAAUGCGGACUUAUGACCUUGAAGCUUUACCUACAUCAAAUCAAAAGAUGCAUCUCUAUUUAGGACAAGCUAAGGUUGCCAAGGGCCAGCAAGUUACAGACUAUCGCUUCUUCAUCCGUUCCAUUAUACGUCACUCAGAUCUCAUCACAAAGGAGGCUAGCUUUGAUUACUUGCAUAACGAAGGUGAACGAGUACUAUUGGAAGCAAUGGACGAGCUUGAAGUAGCCUUUUCUCAUCCCCUAGCAAAACGCACGGAUUGCAACCAUAUAUUCUUGAACUUUGCACCAACUGUUAUAAUGGAUCCAGGCAGAAUUGAAGAAAGUGUUACGAGCAUGGUGCUCAGAUAUGGUCCUAGACUGUGGAAAUUACGAGUUAGACAAGCUGAGAUAAAAAUGACAAUUCGUCCAGCACCAGGAAGACCAACUUCAAACGUUCGUCUUUGUAUUGCAAAUGAUAGUGGAUAUAGCAUUGAUCUACACCUUUAUACUGAGGCUACGGAACCCAAGACUGGUAUUAUCCGUUUUGAGUCUUAUGGAUCUACGGCAGUUAAUGCGAACUGGCGACCAGGACCAAUGCAUGGUUUGCCUAUUUCUACACCUUACCUGACCAAAGAUUAUCUCCAGGCUAAACGGUUCCAAGCACAGAGUUCGGGAACUACUUAUGUGUAUGAUUUACCGGAUAUGUUCCGUCAACAAAUUGAGAAGUUCUGGGAGAAAUACAUUGAGGAAAGACCUACCUCAGAAAAUAUCAAGAUUCCGAGCCCGGUAUUGGACUGUGUCGAACUUGUUUUGGACGGUGAAAAUUUAGUAGAACAAAAGCGAUUACCUGGUGAAAACGACGUUGGCAUGGUCGCAUGGAAACUCAGACUUUACACCCCAGAGUACCCAGCUGGAAGAGAUAUCAUACUUAUUGCAAAUGAUUUGACUUUCCAAAUUGGUUCGUUUGGACCAAAAGAAGAUCUCGUAUUUUGUAGAGCAUCUGAAACAGCUAGAGAUCUUGGAAUUCCAAGAAUUUACUUCUCGGCGAAUUCUGGUGCCAGAAUUGGUCUUGCUGAAGAGGUGAAAGGCUUGUUCAGAAUUUCGUGGGAGGAUGAAAACGAGCCUGAAAAAGGCUUUAAAUACAUCUAUGUAACUCCUGACGACUAUGCUAGAUUAGCACCGCAUAAUUCAAUUAAGGCAUCAUUAAUUGAAGACAAUGGUGAGCCUCGCUACAAGAUAACUGAUAUUAUAGGCAAAGAUGAUGGACUGGGAGUUGAAAAUCUUAAAUAUGCUGGUAUGAUUGCUGGUGAAACGUCUCAAGCAUAUAACGAGGUGGUUACAAUAUCAGUUGUCUCAUGCCGUGCAAUUGGUAUUGGUUCUUAUUUACUGCGACUUGGGCAACGAGUUAUACAAAUUGAGAACUCACACAUUAUAUUAACCGGGUAUAGAGCACUGAAUACAGUGUUGGGUCGUGAGGUUUACGCUAGUAAUAAUCAAUUGGGUGGAAUUCAAAUAAUGCACAAUAACGGUGUUUCACACGCAACUGAACCAAGAGAUUUAGAUGGUAUAGCCACUGUACUCAGAUGGAUUAGCUAUGUACCUAAAUCUAAAGGAGCCCAGCUUCCUAUUCUCUCUGCACCACAUCCAGAUCCAAUUGACCGAGAAAUUGGAUAUGUUCCUACCAAGGCUCCCUAUGAUCCCAGGUGGAUGCUUGAAGGAAGACAUUCUCCCAUUGACGCUGCGGCUUGGGAAAGUGGAUUUUUCGAUCGUGGUUCAUGGCAGGAAAUUAUGCGGCCUUGGGCACAAACUGUGGUAACUGGACGUGCUAGACUUGGAGGUAUCCCUUGCGGUGUGAUAGCCGUAGAAACACGAACUGUCGAACUGCAUUUACCAGCAGAUCCCGCAAAUUUGGACUCUGAAGCAAAGACAGUUUCACAGGCGGGUCAAGUCUGGUUUCCAGACAGUGCAUAUAAAACUGCUCAGGCUAUUCGUGAUUUUGGCAAAGAAGAACUGCCUCUUUUCAUCUUUGCUAACUGGCGUGGUUUUUCGGGUGGUAUGAAAGACAUGUACGAGCAAGUUGUUAAGUUUGGUGCUUACAUUGUUGAUGCGUUAAAAGAGUAUACCAGACCAGUGAUAGUGUACAUCCCUCCAAAUGGAGAACUAAGAGGUGGUGCAUGGGCAGUUGUUGAUCCAUCUAUAAACCCCAGGCAUAUGGAAAUGUUUGCCGACACAACAAGCCGUGGAGGUGUAUUAGAACCAGAAGGAAUCGUCGAAAUCAAAUUUAGAAACAAAGAUAUAAUUAAAACCAUGCAUAGAGUUGACCCUGUCAUACGUAACUUCAAGGAAAAAAUAUCGAGUUCAACCUCCGCUGAAGAACGUGCUAACCUGGAAAGCGAAAUCCGGAAAAGAGAACAGAUCUUGGAUCCCAUGUAUCACCAGGUUGCUGUUCACUUUGCCGAUCUUCAUGACACUCCUGAAAGAAUGUUGGAGAAGGGUGUCAUUAGUGAAAUAAUUCCAUGGAAAACAGCACGCCGCAUGUUAUAUUGGAGACUCAGACGUAAACUCCUGGAGUGUGAUGCCAUAAACGAUGUCUUGUCAACACAGCCUAGCUUGGGUGUUGGAACAGUAGUUUCUAUGCUGAGACGCUGGUUCGUAGAAGACAGAGGUGCUACAGAGUCUUAUCUGUGGGACCAGGAUGAGGCUGUAGCCAAGUGGUUGAUAAGCCAGAAUGAAACUGAAGGCAGUGUUCUAAGCCGUAAUAUUAAUUGCGUACGGAGGAACGCGGUUCUCACUCGGGUUAAGGAGGCCCUUGAAUGUUGUCCAGACGUGAGAUUAGAUGCAGUUAUAGAAAUCGCGCACAGACUGCAAGCUGGUGAACGUGCCGAACUUCUGCGAACUCUCUCACAGCUUGAAACGUCUGGAGAAGAACAUCACAAUGAUUCUAGUGCUUCGUCAUAGUCAAUCCAUGUCACAUAUUUAAAAUAGCCACAUACCUGGUGUAUGUAAAACUUUUAGGACUCAUUUGUUGUAAAUAUUCUUCUAAGACAUCCUAUUUGUUAUUACUGUUAUAACUAAAGAUGAAAAAAAAAAUACAGCGUUUAUAGAAAAUUUCAAUUAGUAAUUAUUUACUGAUAUAUGUAAAAUGAAAUCAUUUUUCCAAGUCAGUCGAAUUUUUUAAAUGAUAAAUAUCGUGCUGGAAUAAUGUACAUGUUCUUGAUGUGCAUAUUUGCUAUGGCAGUGUUUAUUACCUACAUUGUAAUAUGAAAAAUUGGGAAUAUAAAGAGAUAAUAUAUUUAUUUUUAGAAAAAUCGCAUAAAAUUUUUUUUGAAGUUUGGUUUCUUUAGUUCUUCACUUAUCACCAACACGACGGAUUGUAUAUAAUAUCGUUUUGUCACGCGCAACUCCGUAUUUUAAAAACUUAUAUAAAUUCAUUACAAUAUGUACAAUGAUGAUAAUAUACAAAUUAUAAACUCGAAAAUGUAAAAGGAAUAAUCUAUGCACCAAUUUGCUGCGAUUGCUGCGAUGGCAUAGGAACUAAGUCCAUUGACAUAAAUUUAAAUAAUUGUUCACAAUUAACUACGACCUUUUUUUCUAAAAGACAGGAAUCUGACUUCUAUGUACGUCCACUAAAUCAUCAUCUAAUGUUAAUAGCACCAUAAAUGAGAAGAACAUAGCUAAAGCUGAUAAGAAGUGCCAAAUAUCAUGCGGGUCAAAAAAAUUUAACAAUUCGCACGGCUUAUUAUAAAUUCUAGAUUGUGCAGGAGUUAGGGCCCAGGAUAUUGA